UUUUAGCCAGAGACAGUUGUUACAAUUUAUUGACAAAAGAUGCUAAGGUCGAUCGUUCUGGUUGCAGCAGUCCUGUGGGUGGUUCAGGCCACAAUUAUAAUUAAGCCCAAGCCACAGCCAGUGCAGCCUUGCAGCUCUUGCAAUCUGUAUCUUAGAGCCUACACCUGGGCCCUGGAGGACUGCAUUUGCCGGGUAUUCCAGAACGAUUGCCUCUUGAAGGAGGAGAACACACGAAGGGAGAAGGCUGGAAAAACGCCUCUUGUCAUCGUUUCGGAGAAGUUGUGCAGAAGAUUCAUUCCUAAGAAAUGCCUGAUUGGACUUCCUGUGGUGGCCAAAUUUCCGAAACCAGCUCCAUGCGGCUGCAAUGGCAAACCUGGCAGCCUCGUCAAUGAAAAGUUCAAGAGUCUCUGUGCACUGAAGAAAUUUUCCGCUGAAAAUUCAAAGCCAUACAUCAGCUACACUUUUGGAAUCUGCUAGAAAUGUGACCUGAGCGAAGCAGAACCUGCGAGGCAACAUGGAUGAAUCUCUUACUGUUUUGUUAUCUUAUUUCACUUCAUCAAAAACCUUAUGAUCGACUUUGUUAGUAUAAUUAUACAAAUAUAAA